AAACAGACUCUGAAAUUACCGCUUCGGUGCUCCGUCAAGUGCGACCACAGAAGGGCUGAAGCUGUCAGCUCCAAUGGCGGCCUCUAUGGCAGCAUCACGAUUAUCCCAUUUCCCCUGUCAUGCGAGACACCAAUCUUCGCCGCUCGAUACCCCACCGCUAACCACCUUCAAACUGCCCGAUUCUCAUCCGAAACGCUACCGAAGCCUUUCUGUUCGCGCUUUACGUCAGGGAGAGAACGAGCUCAACACGAACCCCCAAGCUCUUGAUUUGCCAAGUGCUGCUGACUUCCCAAGUGACGUCGUUUCCAAAGACAUGCUCGCCCUUCCGCGGCCAUUGUCUUCCGCUCAGUUCCCUGGUUCAGUUUCUGAUGGAUCUCGCCUUCGUGUGGGAUACCAGGGAGUUCGUGGCGCUUACAGCGAGUCAGCGGCACAGAAGGCCUACCCAAAUUGCGAAGCAGUGCCCUGUGAUGAAUUUGACACCGCUUUUGAAGCUGUUGAAAGGUGGCUUGUGGACAGAGCAGUUUUACCGAUUGAGAAUUCUCUAGGAGGGAGCAUUCACAGAAAUUAUGACCUCUUACUUCGGCACAGGUUGCAUAUAGUGGGAGAAGUAAAAUAUGCAGUUCGCCAUUGUCUAUUGGCCAAUCAUGGUGUUAAACUUGAGGAUUUAAAGCGGGUACUUAGUCAUCCACAGGCUCUUGCUCAGUGUGAGGACACGUUGACGAGUUUGGGAUUGGUCAGAGAAGCAGUAGAUGACACAGCUGGUGCUGCGAAGCAUGUUGCUUUCCACAAACUACGAGAUGCAGGAGCAGUUGCUAGUUGUGCUGCUGCCGAGAUUUAUGACUUGAAUAUACUUGCUCAAGACAUUCAGGAUGAUGGUGAUAAUAUCACUCGAUUUUUGAUGCUGGCCCGAGAACCUAUUAUCCCAGGCACAGAUAGGCUAUUCAAGACAAGCAUAGUUUUUUCUUUAGAGGAGGGUCCUGGGGUACUUUUCAAGGCACUUGCUGUUUUUGCUCUGCGACAAAUUAACCUUACAAAGAUAGAAAGUCGGCCAUUGAGGAACCAACCUUUACGAGCAUCAUCUGAUGAUAACAAUAGUGGGCCCAAGUAUUUUGAUUAUCUUUUCUAUGUGGAUUUUGAAGCAUCAAUGGCUGAUCAGAAUGCACAAAAUGCCCUAGGGCAUCUAAAGGAGUUUGCUACAUUCCUGCGAGUGCUUGGGAGUUAUCCAGUGGACACGAGUACGGCAUAAAUAGUCCUCUGAAGAGCUUUGCGGCCAUUGCUUCGCAAGGCGGGACCCAUUUGGUGUGGCAACCACAGACUACCGAGUUAAAUGAAAAUCUUCGUCGAGAUAUUAGUCAUAGAGGGCAACGCCAUUCAAAAUUCGCCUAACGAUCUCGAAUUCGUCACGUUAACAGACAAGAAGAAAUUUUUCAAACAAAAGCCUUGUAGAAGCCGAUAUUACUUUUGCCCAUUUUUCAACAAUUUUUCCAA